GCGUUGGGGCGGGGCGGGCAGUUAAAGCUCCCACAGAAAGUGGGGAAAGGUCCCGGCUACCGGGAGGGUGAGUCUGUCGUCAGCCUCUCCCUUCCUCUACCCUGCCUCCCUUCCCAUAUCUUGACUUUCUUGGGGCUGGUCGGGAGCAGAAGGGCAAAAGGGCGCACGCCGUGAAGUCAGGUCCUGAAAUCACCGGGGGAUUUUUUUUUGCGGGGGAGAAGGUGUAAAGAAAGAACAGUGAACAGGCUCCAGCACCAAUGGCUUCAGCCAGAGGCCAAGGCAGCCUCGGUGACACUUCCUCAAAGUGAAAGCGAAAGCCAAGUAGGCGGAGAGGACUGACGGGGCCAGGCGGUCGGCCAGGCAGGCGUGUUUGGAGCCCCUUCUCCAGCCCGGACCUGGCCAGCGCGGGGCACGAGGAGGGCCGGCGGGGGAGGAGGGCCUGAGAGCAGCCCCCAUGGGCUCCGAGGGGUGGUGCUUGCUGGUCUGCUUGGCUCUCUCCGGGGCAGCAGACGCCGUAGAAAGGCAGUGGCGGCCAGUGGACGUGAUCUUGGACUGCUUCCUGAUGGGGGAAGGUGGGCACCGUGGAGGUUUCGCCAGCAGUGAGAACAUGGUGAAGGCCUUGUUGGUGCUGAAGCAGGUGCCAGUGCCGGACGAUGGCUCCCUGGAAGGCCUCACGGAUUUCCAAGGGGGCACACUGGCCAAGGACGACCCACUCAUUACCUUCGAGGCCUCAGUGAACCUGAUACAGAUUCCCCAGGCCGAGGCCUUGCUCCAUGCUGACUGCAGCGGGAAAGAGGUGACCUGUGAGAUCUCCCGCUAUUUUCUCCAGGCCAGGCCAAAGGCCACGGUGGAGACGGCAGCCUGGUUCAUCACCAACGUGCUAGUGUCUGGAGAGGGACCUAGUAUCUCCAUGGUGAUGAAGACUCUUGGGGAUGCUGAGAAUGGGUCUGUCUUGCAUCCCGUGCUGAAACUGCCCCUGAGCCCCCAGGGGACUGUGCGGACUGAAGUGGAGUUCCAGGUGACAACACAGACCCCCUUCCUGAAUCUCCUGCUGGGGUCCUCAGCCUCCCUGCACUGUGGCUUCUCCGUGGCACCAGGCUUGGGCAUCACCAGCGUGGAGUGGCGGCUGCAGCAUAAGGGCAGUGGCCAGCUGGUGUACUGCUGGACCACGGGGCGGGGGCAGGCCAAGCGGGAGGGCGCCACCCUGGAGCCUCAGCAGCUGCUCAUGGCUGGGGACGCCUCCCUCACCCUACCCAGCCUCACUCUGAAGGAUGAGGGGGCCUACGUCUGCCAGAUCACAACCUCCCUCUACCGAGCUCAACAGAUCAUCCAGCUCGACGUCCAAGCUGCCCCCAAAGUACUACUGAGCUUGGCGAGCGAAGCUCUGCCACCCACCCUCAUCUGCAGCGUCACUGGCUAUUACCCUCUGGACCUGAGUGUGACGUGGAUCCGGGAGGAGCUGGGUGGAGCCCCGGCCCCAGUCUCUGGCGCCUCCUUCUCCAGCCUCCGGCAGAGCGUGGCAGGCACCUACAGCAUCUCCUCCUCCCUGACGGCAGAGCCUGGCUCUGUGGGUGCCACUUACACCUGCCAAGUCACCCACGUCUCCCUGGAGGAGCCCCUGGGGGCCGACACCUGGGUUGCCCCACCAGAGCAGAGGACGGCCUUUGGAGUCCUUUUUGCCAGCAGCCUCUUCCUCCUGGCACUGCUGUUCCUGGGAGUGCAGAGACGCCAAGCUACCUCACCAAGGCCUGCCAGGACCCCGAGGCACUCCGGGUAGCUGCUCUCCUGCCUUAGAUGUAAGAGUCACAUUCUCCCAGAAGGACUCUAAGCUGAGUCCCAGAGCUCAAAGAGGCCCCAAGAAAGAUACGAAGAAGGCACAGAUCACUGACUGUGGCUCUGGAUUUCUGCAGGCCUCUGCCUUCCUUCACUGCAUGCCCUGGGCUGAUAUACCAAGGGAGAAAGCGUGAAGAGGUGAGGGGGUGGCAGGAAGGCAGGAGGUCUGGGUGGAGGUUAAAACAUGAGCCAGGUUUGAGGCGCGGUGGUAGGAAAAUAUAACAAAAAAAUUAAGAAAGGAGCGGAUGAGGGACAGUGGAACAGGAUGGGGUUGGACGGCCACGCACAAUCGUUGAACUCUGUCCCAGGAAAAGCCCUCAUGUCCUCGGAAGCAAAGCUUUUCCACUUUCCUGUCUUUCCCCACACUGGGGCCCGCCCCGCCCCACCCUGCCCCGCCCCGCCUCGCUGCUCCGCUGGCAAAGUGUUUGAGGUGUGAAACGAAGACCCUCAGAGGCGACCCUGGGGCCCCCCCUCAGUGGCUCAGUGUAACCUUGAGCUGCGAUUAAGCUCCUGCACCUUUGCACAGCUGCUGGGCAUUUCAGGACACUUACACACCCGUCACUGCCGCGGCUGCAGGGGACAGAGGUCUCCUUUCAGUCAUUUUAAAACGGGCCUGGUCAGCACAGUGGAACUUGGCAGAAGACGGCUGUGCAUGGGGACGGUGGGGAGCAGGGCGUGUCGCCUGGGGGCCUUCUCAGGGCCUGGCCCAGGACCUGGAGGGAGGAGGCGGCAGAUGUCUGAGAAGAUCUGCGGGUGUCUGUCCAUGAGAUGCCCGCUCAGCUUCCUGCCAUGGCUUCCUGUCGCCCACACCUGAAGAGCUGGGCUGCUUCGGGCACGGAGGCUGAGAGCGGAGACCGCUUCCUCUGCCAGCACCCGGCUCUUGAAUCUCGAGAAGACCGACAGCACCCGCAAGCCGCCCUUCCGGCGCAGAGCACCAUCAGAAAGGAACUAGAGAGAAACAAGACGCCUCCGCCCCAUUGCAGUCACCCCAACCCAAACAAGAGCCAAGUCGGUUUAGUGGUAGGAAGUUGUAUUUUUGUUUUGCCUUUGUUCAGAUACAGGAAAUUGGUAAAUACGCCACAUGCCUUUGGUGGAA